AUGCGUCUCCUCAUCCUCUUUCUCACGCUGCUUUCGGUUGCAGCUGGCUUCACUUUGCAAAAGACUGAUGGCACCACGAUCGAGCUCAGCGAUGAGCCUAUGGUCAUCGACGGCAGCGAAGUGAUCAUGCCUCAGGAAAUGUUCGCGAGCGCGUCCCGCGUCAAGCUCGACGGUAUCUCGGAGGUUGCCGACAACAAGAUCAAGUCUGUCGACUGCUACUUCGACACGCUGCACGGUGAGUAG